ACAAUUCAUGUAUCUGUUUAUCAUUAUUUAUUCGUGCGGAUAACGACAAAUCUCGAUCCGUGUCUUCCUAUCGUUUCGUUUUCCCGAGAGCCAUGGUCCUGUCGUCCGACCACUGACCGACCGCUAAUCACUUCCCCCCGCGACCGGACCCUACGACCACUAACCGUUCUUGACGUUACUCAGAGGAUUGUCCACAAUGGCGCUAAUUGAUCUCGGCUCGUCGAAAGUUCUGCGCUAGUCGGAACGCUCCAGCUGACUCCAGUGAGCUCGGCAUGAGCUUUGGUGUUCUUGUUCCGUUUCUAAGGCGAUCAUCGUCUUGGUUCUUUCAUCUUUGACCUGGCGCUAAUAUGGACGAAAAAAUUAAAACCGAGAUAAAGACUGAGUACAGCCCCACAGAGCCCGAAGUACCAACUGUGGUCUCGGAAAAGGGCGUGUUGUUAAGGACCAGUGCUAGGGUAUCCAAAAAGUUACGAAUGACACCAGCGUCUACUUCGCCCGGACCCAGUUGCUCCAAGUUAGACUCAAAUGAUGCCCCUGUUUUCAAGUCUUCAAAAAUCAGAAGAGAGCUUUGGUCAGCUGAGGAUACCAAUUCUUUUUUUGAUGGUUUAAAUGAAUUUGGCAAAGAUUUUGAAUCCAUUCAAUGGUUUAUGGUUAACAGAGCUAAACGUAAAGGUUCUUGUGAACAGGCUGUUAAAAGUAAAGAACAAUUGAGACACUUUUAUUAUCGAACAUGGCACAAAAUUUGCAAAUAUAUUGAAUUUCCUAAAGAAAUGCAAAAAGUAGUACAAGAACUUUAUGGACUGAUUAAUUACGGUGAGUUGAAACGAAGAAUUGGAUUUUGUAAUGAUAAAAACUGGUCUAAAUUAUAUGAAAUGAUAUAUCAUGGUUCAACUAAAGUCAGGAGUAAAGGAAAAAUGUGGAGAGUUAAAACACCACAUUGCCGAGCUUUGAGAAAACUCAACUGUCUCGAAGAUACAAUUGGUGAUUUAAAAUUACCAGGAAAAGUAAGUGUUGAAUUAAGACCACGUGAUAUGGAUACAUGGUCAUUAGUACAAUCCCUUGCUAUGAAUCCUCGUAUUAGAGCUACAGUUGAAUUACAAAAACCGUUAUCAAUGCUUUUGGCAUUUUUAGAAAAUAGGUGGCAAACGGAAAAUAGAAAACUUCGUGAACAAAUACAUAGAGUUAAUACACUUGAAGUCGAUCAAGAUUCUAAAAGAGUCCUUAGAGUUGCGCCAGCAACUGGAGUUACUAUAACUCCCAUCAGUGUAAAUUUUAAUGAUAUAGAGAACACAAAUGUUAGUUUACUAGCUCAUAGAAAUACUCAUGGGAUUUCCAAAGAAUCUGUUGAAUCAAUUCUUCAAAAAUUUCCUUCAACUAAAGUACAAAAACCUUAUGUCAAACGAGCGCGCACAGAAACUGUUAAUUCAGCAUCUUUAUCAGGUAGUCAAGAAAGUAAUCCAACCCCAUGUCAAUCUACUGUAUGCCCAAUAACAGAUGCAACAUAUGAAGGAGAAAAAGGUUUGGAUAUCUUGUUAGCAAGUCCUCCAAAAAACCACCCUGUUAUUUCAUCACACGACCAAGAAAAAGAGAAAAAAGAAGAAUUUAUUGCUAGAAUUAAACAAGGAUGGACAUUAGCUAAUGUUGAAUUGAUAAAAAUUGGAGAACUUUAUCUCAUAUGUGGUAGUGAGUCGAAAAUACAGCUUGAGUAUUGGUUUGAAGAUUGUGUUGAAGCUACUAGCCAAAAUCGUAUUUCUCAAUCGCUCAAUAAACUUAUUUCUAUUGCUCAGUAUAACUUAAAUUCUUCUAAAGGCUGUUCGUGUGGAUCUCUAAAUAACAAACCACAUAGUAUACCAAGACAAACUGAAAAUAAAAUAGAUGUGGAUCAAAAUCAACGUGGUGCAUACUCAUUAGUCAGUGGUUGUAAAGUAAUGGCUCAUCCUACUUCUGUAUUUAGGCGUCCUCUGCAACCUAAACCCUUGCAUUCAACUGGUUCAUUUAAAGCUCAACUUGAUAAAUUACAACCUAGGUAUUGUAAUCGAACUGGUCGACCUGGUAAUAAACAUACAGGCAUUGUUCAAAAACUCUUACCAUUACAACCAAAGACUAGUUUGACAAUUGUUCAAACAUCUAACUUCAGACCUAUUGCUCCAGCAAUUAAUUACGAAUCAAUUAAAGAGGAAUUUGAAAAAUGUGAUACUGAUCAAGUAGACCAAGCUCCAAUUUCACCAAAAAAAAUUUGGGAACCUCCAGACGAAGAUAUUCCAGAUGAUGUAAGUAUUACAUCAUCGACCAUUAACAGGUUAAUGGAUAUAACGCUGCCAUCCAUGAAUGAACUGUCUACUCCUAAUUUUUCUGGUCUAUUACCAAACAGCAAUAGUUCAACAUCUGUUAGUCUAACACCAUCUACUAGUAUAUCUAAACUUUUGAAAGACGAUGGCAAUCAGUGGCUAAAUCCAGAUAUGGACUUUUCAUUAAGCAGUUUUCUAGGUCACCUAGACAAAGACCAAGUGGCUGAACCAUCAAGAAAUGAUGAUAAAAACGUUAUUUCAAAUGAUGUGGAAGCCCAAUUUCAGUGUCUAAUGAGUGAGAACAGUGUGGAUUAUACGGCCAAGUUUGCAGAUUUAGCUGCGCAGGUGGCUGCAAGCAAUAACAACUGCUAAUAUAUUUAUUUAUUUAUUUAUAAUAUAUUAUAUAAUAUAUUUAAUUUUCAUAUUUAUUGAGUAAUAUUUUUAUGUUUAAGUGUUUUGUUAUGUAAUCAAAUAUGACUUUUUUAUGUUGUUCACAGUAGAAUAAUUAGUGUUUUUAUUUAUUUAUAUUAUAUUUUACAAAUGCUUAAAGUUUAUUUUAUUUUGUUGACUUACAGUAUAUGU